GGCCGAGGCCUGGCUGGGCUUCUGGACGCUGUGCCGUAGCUUCAAAUCGCGGGAGUGGGAACGGAGGGUGCAAAACGGGGUCCCUUCUUCGCUGUGGGCGCGGGGCCCUGACAGCCUUUUCGCGGAGGUGCAGCGCCCUUGCAGCUGGGCCACGAUCGGCGCGGGGUCCACUCAGACCACCAAGACCGCGGGGUGGCCCAGGAGCUGCAAGGAAGGUGUUGCUCGGCGGCUUGCCCCUGUCCUGGCAACUCGGCCGAGGCCCCUGUCUCGACUUAGGUUCUUUUUUUCUCCCCUGUUCUGCAGGCUCGCUUCCGGCGCCAUGGCUCAAAGGGCCUUCCCGAAUCCUUAUGCCGAUUUUAACAAAUCCCUGGCCGAAGGCUACUUUGAUUCUGCCGGGAGGCUAACUCCCGAGUUCUCACAACGCUUGAACAAUAAGAUUCGAGAGCUUCUUCAGCAAAUGGAGAGAGGCCUAAAGUCAGCAGACCCUCGGGAUAGCACUGUUUACACUGGCUGGACAGGUAUCUCUGUGCUUUACUUACAUCUCUAUGAUGUGUUCGGGGACCCUGCUUACCUACAGAUGGCACAUGGCUACGUAAAGCAAGGUCUGAACAGUUUGACCAAGCGUUCCAUCACCUUCCUGUGUGGGGACGCGGGCCCCCUGGCGGUGGGCGCUGUGGUGUAUCACAAGAUGAACAAUGAGAAGCAGGCGGAAGACUGCAUCACCCGGCUAAUUCAUCUAAAUAAGAUUGAUCCCCAUGCUCCAAAUGAAAUUCUCUAUGGACGAAUGGGCUACAUUUACGCUCUUCUCUUUGUGAAUAAGAACUUUGGAGUGGAAAAGAUUCCUCAAAGCCAUAUUCAGCAGGUUUGUGAAACAAUCUUAACCUCUGGAGAAAACCUAGCUAAAAAGAGAAAUUUCACAGCAAAGACUCCACUGAUGUAUGAAUGGUACCAAGAAUAUUAUGUGGGGGCUGCUCAUGGCCUGGCAGGAAUUUAUUACUACCUGCUGCAGCCCAGCCUUCAGGUGAGCCACAUGAAGUUACAUGGUUUGGUCAAGCCCAGUGUAGACUAUGUCUGCCAGCUGAAAUUUCCUUCUGGCAAUUACCCUCCUUGUGUGGAUGAUAAUCGAGAUCUGCUAGUCCAUUGGUGUCAUGGUUCACCUGGAGUAAUCUACAUGCUCAUCCAGGCCUAUAAGGUGUUCAGAGAGGAACACUACCUCAAUGAUGCGUACCAGUGUGCUGACAUGAUCUGGCAGUAUGGGUUGUUGAAGAAGGGGUACGGGCUGUGCCACGGCACCGCCGGGAACGCCUAUGCCUUCCUGACACUGUACAACCUCACACAGGACGUGAAGUACCUGUAUAGGGCCUGUAAGUUUGCUGAGUGGUGCCUAGAUUAUGGAGAACACGGAUGCAGAACACCGGACACCCCCUUCUCCCUCUUUGAAGGAAUGGCUGGAACAAUAUAUUUCCUGGCUGACCUUCUAGUGCCCACAAAAGCCAGGUUCCCUGCGUUUGAAUUGUAAAAGGAAAGCCUGCCCCCUGCAACUCACUGCAUGAGCCUUUCUGUAUAUCAAACCUGGACGAAGUGCUUUUAUUGCUUUUCAAGGAGACAUAGGGUCAAACCGUGUACUUGAUUUAGUUGAUUUUUUUUUUUAAUUUUGGAAUUUGUCUUCAGUUCGGUUGCUUCUGUUUAUCAUUCACUUUUACUUAAAAGUAUCUAAGGAAAUCCUUUAACUUUAACUUCAGUUUCUUCCUAAAGGAAGGGUGAGUGAUAUGUGCAGUGUUUUGAGGGCAUAGAUGUAUAUAUUUCAGAACUUGGAGGAAACCUUACUCUUACUUAAGCUUAUGAAUAUAACCAUCCUUUGCUGUUCUAAAACUGUUUAAAAGAAACUAAAAAUGUAGAUAAAGAAAAAUAUAUGGUUAUUGCUGGAUAUUUCUAUCCACCUCCUUAGUAUUUUUCCUCCAACAGGGCGGACAGUUUUAUAACUCUGUUUUUCUUUAGGUGGUUGAUUAUGAAGGGGGACAAAAUUAUUAACUAUAUGCUUCUGAGACAAAAGUUGCAAGAGAUGCAAACUGGUUUAAGGACCAUAGUGCUUGUUUAACUAGAUAACGAUACUUUCAGAUUUACUUCUUUUUGGUAGUAAAGCAUCCAGGUUCUAUUAGUCAACAUUUUUAUCAAAAAUUUCUAAAAUGCAAUGGUGGUUUUGAAAAUUCUGGUUUGAAGAUUGGUUUAAGAUAAGCUAACAAAAAAGUUUAUUGUUUAUCCUAAAAUAAGUUAUUGUAUCUUUGAACUAUUUAUUUACAUUUGUUUGUUCCUUGGAUUUAGUAUAAGAUCAGGAAACGAUUUUCUAUAUGUGAGUAUGUGGUGACUUAGGAUUUGAGUUCACCUUGUCCAAUUGACCUUGUAAACUUAGAUUUGUGUUUUACUUACUUGGCAAUGACUAUGCGUUACUGCUUGCAGUUUGGUACAAGCCAUAAGAUAUUUUCCUUCCUUUCAAUCUAUCUGGAUGUUUGUCUUUUCACUGAAUAGUACAGUACUCUGCAUCUCUCUAAAAGGGGGAAAGGGUGCUAUAUAGCCAAUAACUUGAAUGAAAACACUAAGCUUUCCAUUGAAAUGCUGUUUAUUUGGGAGGUAUUAUCCAGUGCAAAGGAUUAGAACAAACACAUCCCAUCUCUUUGCAUAUCCUAGGUUUAACACUCAUCAGUUUCUGAGCCCUCAGGAUCCUGUAUUUAACCUGGUAGAUGAAGGGUCCCUGGUGCUUCACAUUCUCUACAAAUGUUUCCACUCAUCAGCUUCCCUUCCUCCUCCUUCCUUUGCUGCCUUUCCCAGGCUUGUUUCAUCAUUUCUUGCAUGUUCUGACUGAUUUUAGAACAUUUUGCAGCUUUGAAAAUCAGGGUCUAAGAAUUUUAAAUGUGCCUAUUUCAUGGCUUUCUUGGUCAUAAAAGCAUGCUGUUUUUAUUUUAAAUUGGAACCAAAUCCCAAUGGGUAUAUGUUGGUUCCUCAGGAUAGUAGUCCCCUAUUAUUUUACAUUUAGUCCCAAAAUAGCUUAUAUUAUUGGAAAUUGACCCUUUAAAGGCUUCUGAUGGAAGGAUCUAAAAACCAGCCCACUGCUCAGUUCCUAGGAUUAGCUUAUUCCUCAGUGACUCGCACUAGUUGGGAAAACCUUGUGCCUCUCAGAUGUCUGAAGCUGCUGGUACACUUUGCCUUUCUCCUGGGUGUUUCAGAUGAGCACUGUUGGCAUUCCUAGUAAAGCUAAUUUGCCUUUGGCUGGAUAUCCAACUUGAAAGAAGAAAACCCAUUUGGUUUAGUUAAAUGUCUUACAAUACUGUGCCUGUACUUUUAGCUACUGUAAUUACCAAGGGAAAGAGAGCAAAACACACUUUCUCUUAGCCAGAGGAAACUUGAUCACAGUGCAUCUCCAGCAUCUUGAUUAAUUUAACCCCAGGAAGACUUCUAGGCGGGGAGAAGAACAUUCUGAAUAAGAGUCAUUAAUAUUUAGGUUGCAAUUUACUGUCAUCCAUUAACAAAGUCAUCAAUACGAACACAAUUCAGGUUUCUUCUUUUUUUUUUUUUAAGCUUUUUAGGACUUUAAUUAAGCUGGUGGAUUUUCUAUUCAUGCCAUUAUUUCUUUUAUUUAUGCUUAAGAGGUAAGAAAAUCGGAUAGGAUUUUAAACUCCAGCAAAAGCCGUAAAACUAAGACCAAUAUCCUAAAGCCAUGGAGGAAACUGAAACUUUUAUACCAGCUUUAUUAGUUUUAGAAGGAAGAGGCAUCAUUGCAGUUCUAUUUCUGUUACAUCAUUUUUCCCUCAGAUAUUUUCUUUUGGUGAAAAAAAAAAAAAAAAAAAAAAAAAAACCUUUCCAAAAGUUGCCUCCCAAAAAACUUCAUAGUAUCUCUUCCCUCCCCAUACAAAAAUGAAGUAGUAAAAUCCUAAAAGCUUCUUGAGCAGUGUUCAUUUAUCUUGCCAUGCAUUUCUGUUCCUGUGGUGAUGAGAAAUUACAGUAGUUAACUUUUCAUCAUGUAAAAAUGUUAACAUUCUCACAGCCAUUUCCAUCAUCCCAUUGGGUUUUGGUCUCCUUCGAGUUGUUGGUCUUUAAUCCUUAGAGUCAUUGAUUUCCUUUUCAUCUUUGAUGUCAGUUCCAAUUCUUUGGCAUCAAAAGCCUUCAUGGUAGGAAGAGUUUUAGGUAAAAGUGGACCCAAGAUGAUCCCGCCUGCUACUGGCUGAUUUGAAAUACAAAAUGUGAAGAGUGAACAUUUAUUCAUCUACUCCUUUGGCUACUAGAACUUAUCUGCAGUCCUUUAUUACUCAUACCAAAUUCUAAUUCCACCUUUGCUUCCCAUCAAUAGGUCAGAGCACCCCAUUUCUCUAGUACUGAGCUGUAGAGCUGUUUCUCCUGUAGAUACAGAACAGAGUGGGAUAUUCAGGGAACCCACCCCAGUGUUAUAUUGCCAUUUAUUGGGAAGGGCUGGGGUCAUAGGUAUUUCUAUGUUCUGUAAAGGAUUUCACUUACUGAUUCUCAAUAAAAUUUUAUUAGGACUGUA